AUGGGUAGAAUUGGAAAUCAAUCAAGGCUUGAAGAAAUUAAAGGCGCACUUAACUACGUAGAAGAUUACGAUUACGAAGACAUGGGCAUCACUUAUUGUGGCUGUUUCCGUGGACUCUAUUCCCCACAUCGAUAUGAGUCGUGUCAGGAUGAACAAGAAACGAUGAAACAUCAUCGGAAUUUGUUGACGAAGAAGCUGAAGAAGGUGUUGUCAGCAAUUUUGAAGUGGCCAAAAGGGAAGAGAUUUUCUUUGCGAAGGUUGAGGAUAUGUAGUGGAUUGAACGAGAAAAGAAAAAUACAGUUUCAGUAUGAUCCUAAGAGUUAUGCGCUUAAUUUUGAUGAUGGGGCAGAGAAAGAGGGUGAAAGUGUUAAUCUUGAUUUUUCGGCUCGAUAUGCAUGUCCAAUAGGAGGAAUGAACAAAGUAUAUUUGGGAUUGGGAGAACAGGGAAACGUGAACAUUCUGGAUUGGUGA